UAGAGGAAGAGUGAAGAAGACUCCGCUCGUUUACCAUGAGCUGUUUGGAUGUUAUGUACCCAGCCUAUGGACAUUACACCUCAUAUGCAGCCAACACUCCUGCUUUCAUCAACACGCUACAGACUCCCUCUGGUGUGAGCAGCACUUCACCUCCGUGCCGGGAUUUUAUGGACGCUCCCAGGGGUCCUGAGGGAAUGUCCGCCGUCCAGGGCACCGUCGGCGGAUCGACGACUUCGUCCUCUUCGUCCGCAUCAUCGUCUUCGUCUUCCUCUUCCUCCUCGUCUUCCUCCUACACGCCGGCGGCCCCGCGGCCCGACGAGGGGCCAAAGGACAAGCAGGAGGGGCCCGAGGCCGAGUACCUGAACUCGCGCUGCGUGCUCUUCACCUACUACCAGGGCGACAUCAGCAGCGUGGUGGACGAGCACUUCUCCCGGGCCCUCAGCUCCUACAUGGACAGGGAGGGCAAGCGGCGGGCUUCGGAGCAACAGGUGGCCGAUACGCCGUCACCGAGCAGCCGACGAAGCUUCCCUCCAUCCUUCUGGGACAGUAACUACUCGUCGCCUCAAAGCCGCGCACACUGCGAGACGGCGGCUCCUUCCUAUUCCAUGGACCCCUACGCGUCGGGGUUACACCCGGGUCUGCCGCACCCGCACGCUCAUCCGCACGCUCACCCUCACUCCCACCCCCACCCCCACCCGGCGGAUAGCUGGGGAUACACCCAGGCUCAGGCCUACGGUCCGCCGAGGCCUCUCCAUGAACUGUACUCACCCUCUGCGCUGGAGCCCCACUACGGGCCCCUGCUCAUGCCCGCCGUGCGGCCGGCCCACCUGCCCGCCUUGCCGAGCCACUACGAAGUCAGCAAGCUGGAGCCCACGGCCUCCUGGCCCGGCCUACUUCCCCCGGGGGACGUCAGCCAGACGCUGGCCCUCAACAUGGAUGCAGGCCUGCAGCAGCACAAAAAAGGCAAGGAGCUCUACUGGUUCUAA